AUGCUACUGGAAGGCAUCCAGGGCUUCGCUAUGGCCCCUGGACUCCCCAAUAUCGACAACCACCCCCUAGACCCAGGGGGGCAGGCGCUAGGUCUGGUGAACCCCGUAGGGGCCUAUAUAGGCACCCCAGCGGGGACAGCACCACCAGCGCCCCCCGAGGCAAGUGCAACAGUCCCUCAGAGCGAGGGCUUCUUGCCUAGCCUGGAAAUCAACCCUAGGGAGUUGUUUCCCCCCCUAAGCAGCGUGCCAGGCUCCCAGGAAGCACCUAAAACUCUAGGGAAGAGACUACAGGAACACAGCCCUGACGGGGCAGAAAGAGCCCCCAUGAAGGCCCUAAUCGGCCCAGCCUACAAGGACAUAGAACAGGCCUUAUUAGGCUACUUUGCAAGCAGCAAUAGCGCGCUACACGCGGAGAUGGCCACUAUAAAGGCCUAUAUGACCUCUCUGAUAGAGGCUAUGGAGCAGCGCCUCACAGGCCAAUUAGGCGCUCUAGAGCGCCGUUUCUCAACCCUAGAAGCUCAACAGGCCUCCCCGAACGCCCCAAACCACCCCCUAAAGCCCCUAUCGUAA